AUGUUCAACAAAUCAAAAUAUCGCAACUGCACAGUAACCACUGGAAAAAAGAACUGGUACUCAUUUGCUAGUAAUACUGCCAUUCAUGUAUCCGGUAGUGAGCCAUGUCCUAUCAAGGCCACAAAGAGUCUUGUUGCGUUUCGUUCAGGUAACUUGGGAGGUGCUGUAGGUGUUCAUCUGCUGGCAAAUGCAGGCCGUUCCGAUACUGUUCUUAGUUUUCAAAACGGGGCUCGAAUUACUGACUUGGAUUGGGCGCCUUGGAAUUUGAGUGAUGGAUUUGUUCUCAGCACAGGGGAUGAGACUGGUGCAGUCAAGCUAUGGCAUAUUCCAUGCAGUGCAUCAGAAUUAAACAAUACAUCUGGACUAGCGCUACCAGAUCUCCCUGCGCUAACAUUGCCAGCUGAACUAAAACACAUAGAAACUGUCAUGUUUCAUCCGAUUGCUUGCAAUCUACUGUCGGUAGCAUCAGCAGCCCAAGUCAAACUUUGGGAUGUUAGCCAUGAAACUAUGGCAAUUACUCUGGACUGUUCGGAAUUAGAUGAUGCUGAUUCUAUUUGGAUGCUUCUUGAUCGUUCAAUUCUGCAUAGGAAGGAAGAUGGACAGCUUCUGGUUUCUAUUUCAAAAGAUAAUAUGCUGCGCGUGUUUGAUCCUCGUGUCGGAUCCACUCCAAUCAAAUCUGUCAAUUCUCAUAAUGGAAUCAAACCUAGCAGAGUGGUCUGGGCAGGUGCAUCGAAUAUGAUCUUUUCAACUGGUUUCAAUUCAAAACGAGAUCGAGAAUAUUCCAUCUGGGAUUUCAGGAAUUUUACUCAGUCGCUUGUUACCAACAAAUUGGAUACAUCUCCUGGCAUUCUGACUCCGCUUUAUGAUUCAGACACCAAAAUGAUGUUUCUUUCUGGAAAGGGCGACACUAGUGUUUGGUGGCUAGAACUCAAGCCAGAAAACGAAAAAUCACCCGUCGAUGUUGGAGUGUAUCCCUAUGUUGGAAGUGUCACAUUUUCUGGUGCAUGUCUUGUACCCAAGCUCGGUUUGGAUAUAAUGGGAUGUGAAGUUGCUCGAGUUUUAAAUGUAGCAUCUGAUGGCUCCAACAUCAUCCCUGUAUCUGCUGUUGUACCGCGUAAAACCCAUGCCGACUUUCACGCCGAUAUCUUUCCCGAUACUCGCGAGGAUAUUCCUCAAGUGGCAGUUACUGAAUGGCUGACCGGCAUCAAUACCACUCCUCGUAUUGUUUCACUUGAUCCAGCAAAAAGGCAAAGUUUUGCUCCAGUGACUACGACUGAAUCAACUGCUUCUUUAUCCACACUCCCAAACCAAAUACAACCUUUAUUGGACUCCACUAAAAACUCCAUAUCGGAUAUACAGAUGCAAAUCAAUACACCUGAUUCAGCUUCUACUACUAUACCAACAGCAAUUAAAAAUUCUGCCAAGGUUAAUCUACCCAAACACUCUGCUUACAGAUUUAUCACUGGCAAAUCCAAUACCGAUUAUGAUGACCUAAAAGGACUGAGUGUCAAUUUUCCUAAUGAGACAGAUGCAUUUCAGAUCAAUUCAAAAUUUAUUGCAUUUUCAAUUUCUGGCCCUGGCGGUCGUGUUGGUGUGUGGCCCGUUGAAUCCAAAGGUCGUUUUCCAGUUAAAAUUCCAUGCAUUGUAAAUGGAUCAGAAAUGCUAGAUUUUAGACUGGAUCCAUUCAAUGUGCAUCGAUUGAUUACGGGCUGUGAGGAUGGACGUAUCCGUAUUUUUGAUUUGCCUGCUAACGGACUAACUGAUGAUCUUUAUCAAGAAAACAACUUUUUCCCUGCGCAUAAUGGUCGAGUUGUUCUUUUACAAUUUCAUCCAAUGGCGUUAGAUAUUAUCAUGUCCUAUUCACCUGAACAAGGCUCACCACUGAUUAAGAUUUGGAAUAUUUGCACCAAGAAACUUAUUUCUACCAUGACACUUCCUGAUCAAGCACUUAGUGUGGCAUUCAGUUAUGAUGGAAACUGUAUUGCAGCGAUUUUGCGUGAUAAAACCAUUCGUGUUUAUGACAGUCACACUGGACUAGAGCUUCAAAGUGGACCAUCGCACCAAGGAACCAAAGCUGCACGUAUUUUAUGGAUUGGCGAUACUGGACGACUGGUUUCCGUGGGAUAUGCCAGGUAA